AUGGAGAUUAUGGAAGAUGGCAAUUUAGUAGAUCGCGUUAGAAUUUUAUUGCAACGAGAUAUGCAAUAUUAUCAGGAAAUGCAAACAGUGUUGAAGGAGCCAUUGUGCGUACGUAUAUGUGGCGGAAAGCUCGAUUUCCCAAGGCAUGCUUCGUUUGCUGCUAUUAAAAUUGUGGCAUGGUGGGAAUUAGAUUACCAAGCUGCUUUCAAUCGCCAUUCUGGCUUAACAAAAUCGACCGUACACGGAACUGUUACGAGUGCCGAUAGCGGGGACGGAGUAAUUAAAAAAAUUCAACCAUCCGAAUUCAUAUUACUCGUUGUCGAUACCGCAGAAGAUUUAUUAGAACAUUUGCAUCUGCUUAUUCAAGAGUCAUUAGAUCAUGCGGACUUAACGGUCUUAACAGCCACUUUGGGAGCAGCAGCGUUAAUUCGAAAUUGUUUAUGGUGUUACUCUCAACAAACUAAAAAUUUAAUUUCCACACAGGCAAGCGAGAAAAUAAACAAAUCCUACAAAUCUUACCAUGAAAUGGCUGAGGCUGUCGCGGAAAGGUUACUAGAUUUACACUGUCGCUUAAUUUCAUUAUACAUACUCAAUGAAGCCGAUUCUCUUAGUUGGCACGACAUCAAAUCAUUCUUCGAACGCGAACGGUGCUCCUUUGUGAUACAAAUGUGGUGGCUAUACAUGCAAGCGACAAAGGCAGAUUUAUGGAACACCGUUUCUCCAAAAAUGGCUCAACGAGUCUUCUCCGGAAUGUUGAACGAGUCUUUGUCCAUUAUUGUGACGAGAUUUAUCCACGCUCGGCCGAGUUUAGCGCGAUCUCAACAAUUUUGGACAGACGCCUUCAACGUUCUUUGCUGCACUGGUUAUCUUGCACUGAACGCUUUUGUUAGCGCCAGUGAGAUGAUCGGAGUAAAGUUAAACAAACUUCCCGUUGCUGUUAGGGACAUCCAUACAAAAUGCAACGAGUUGUUGAUUUGCUUGUUGUUGAGAGGCACGCCUGUCCAAGAAUUAUAUCAGGUUUUUCGUGGGGGAUUGGAUAAUUUAAUGAUUUUGCAACCACGCCAUGGACCCGCAGCCUGGCUGUUAUUGUGCGCGCCAAAUUUGUUAGGUUCGAUCGACUCUGAUGUUUACAUUUUGAAUUUGCCUGAGGAUCGAGAAGUGAUUUUAGAAUUGAACAUACUUACGCACCAACCACAACCGAACUGGCCUCAAUUAAUAAAGGUGAUCUCCAUGAAUGAUUACGCAGUUGCCAAAAUAUUAUUGAACACUUUAAUCCGCGAUUGCAACGAUUUCACAUCCGAAGAUUACUUUGACGAUUUAGAAAAAUUAAGAAUCAAUGGAAAGAAUUGCGGUGGUUUUCUAUGCAACAAUACGACAUGCUAUGGAACAUUGAAAGUGACAUCAGCCUUAAGUCUUUAUAGUUUAGUGCACAUUUUGACGUGUAUAGCGCAGGAACCUGGCUGUGUUAUUGUACCAGCUUUAAAGCAAAAUCCCAAUUGGUCUAAUUACCUUGACCGACAACAGGUCUGGAAUCAGUCAAGGCCACCAUGGUUGAAUGCAAUUUUAAAACCAUUAAACAAUAUGAUGCAACCAAUUAUCGAAAUACUUUUAGAAGCUGUAAAAACAGGAGCCAGUAUAUAUCAGACAAUGUCGUUGGUAAUUGGCUGUUUUACCAAAUUAUACGAGACUUUGCCCUCCGCGAUUUUAAAAACCGCGUUUGUAUUAAACGAUAAUCUCCCUGCUCAUUGCCAUCCAAUCGGUGGCAACGUUCUUCUUCAUAUUCUUUGUGCAUCUCUUUAUACCGCUCUUCUGAAGUUUUCGAAGCAUUGCAAACCGGAGGUGCAAAAUAGUCCAGCUGUUAAACGAACUAAUAACGAACUAAACUUCUUCGAUUCUAACGAUACGCCAGCAAUAGUAAUCGCUUUGGCCGAAGCUAUCUGUAGUAUCGACGAGGACAAUAAGCACACCUCUCAAAUUGACGAUUUUUUCCAACUGGUGAAAGCGGACAUUCAAACGACGGAUACGAAACCAAGCAUUGAUGAAUUAACGCACAUGUCUUCCUUUAUCGAAACGUGUACCGAUGAAUUGUUGUUUACCGAAUCUGGACGACAAGCUUUGAAAGUAACGCAUGAAUUUUUAAUUCGUGCAUCCGACUUAGUGUUGAAUAAUUUACGACGUACCGACGCUCGAGAACAUUUAAUCGAUGUGCCCGAGUUUUGCCCUCUUAAUAAACCAUUAACUUAUACAAUGUUCCAUAUCGAAGAUACCACGUUUGACCAGUUCCUCGUUCAAUAUGAAAAGACAAAUUGGAGGAAAGCUUUAACGAUGCCGUAUUCCAUCACGGUGGAACGCGUACGAAGCCAAAUUUUAUUACGACCGGAGUUUAAAAACGUCGGCGAAUUGACACACGAGGACAGAGAAGCAACGAAUUCGAUUAAAAAGCUUUGCUCUUCGGUAAAAACAACGUGUACAAAAUAGCAUUUGUUCUACAAUUAUUUUUACAG